GUUAACUACUACUCGAAAUAGGUAAAAUGCGGUAUAUUCUGUAUUUCAAAUUAAUAAGAAUUUAAUGAUAUUUGAAUUGACUUUAUUACGUCAUUAGAAUAUCUCCAGAUAAAUAAGCUAUUGUAUAUAUAUUAGUAAAUAUAACACUCAUGUUAUCAGUCUAUCUUUAUUUCCUAUUACUCUAAAUCAUGGACUCUCCGGUUGUAACAAUUGACGAUGGACAAUUAAAAGGAACUCAAAAAACUAAUCUAGAUGGAGAAAACUUUCACGCAUUUUUGGGAAUACCAUUUGGAAAACCACCUGUCGGGAGGAUGAGAUUUAAGGCACCCAAACCAGCUGAACCAUGGACAGGAAUAAAAGAUGCAAGUAAGGAAGGGAACAUUUGCGUUCAACGAAAUUCGAUAACACAGGCUCUUGAAGGGACCGAAGAUUGUUUAAAUCUACAUGUUUACACCAAAACUCUCCCGUUUGAGGAAGCCAAACUAAAACCAGUCAUGGUUUGGAUAUACGGCGGGGCCUUUCGCCAAGGCUCAAACUCACCUCAAAUGUACGGUCCCGAAUAUCUUUUAACCGAAGAUAUAGUUUUGGUGGUACCAAACUAUCGUGUUGGUUUCUUGGGUUUCUUACAUCUAACAGACACUUCUUUAGAUGUACCUGGAAAUGCAGGUCUUAAAGAUCAACAGCUAGCCUUAAAAUGGGUCCAGAAAAAUAUCAAAAACUUCAACGGAGAUCCAAAUAACGUUACCAUUUUCGGAGAAAGUGCCGGAAGUAUGAGUGCACACGAACUACUUGUUUCAGCAUCUUCGAAAGGAUUAUUUCACAAGGCUAUUUUGCAGAGUGGAGCUGUGUUAAAUCCAUGGAAUUUGUGUAAAGAUUCUAGUCUUAAAUUCGCCAAAUCGGUUCAAGCAGAUACAGAGACCGAGGCACAGGCAUUAGACAGGUUACAACGAUUGUGCUGCAAAGUCCUGCAUCGGCAUCAAGAAAAAUUCUUACUAACUGACGCAGGAUCUGGAGCGAUAGGUCCGAUUAUAGAAAAACCAAAUGAAACUGCAAUUAUUACCUCGCACCCAGCAGAACUUAUAGCGUCUGGACAGUAUAACAAAGUUCCGAUACUAAUGGGUUAUUGUGACAGAGAAGGGCUUUUGGUGGAAUUUUAUAAAAGGUUAAUGAUCAAGGCAGGUAUAGAACCUCCUGCUAAAUAUAGCCAAAUCGAUGUAGACAAUUUUAUACAUCCAGAUUUGCAAUUGGCAGAAGACGAUCCAAAGAGAUUGAUUAUUAAGAAAAAAUUAACGGAACUCUAUUUGCAGCCGCCAAAUGUAGAUGACAAAUUUUUGCUACCCAGUGACUAUAACUUUAUUGCUGGAAUAAUUGGUGCAGCAAAACUACACGCUAAAACUUCUUCGGAACCAGUAUAUUUAUAUAGGAUGUCAUUGGAUGCAGGUUGCAAUAUGUUUAAAAAAAUCGGCAAAAUUGAAGAAAAAGGUGUAGCUCAUGCUGACGACCUAGGUUACCUGUUUAGUUCUGAGCAGGCAGCUCCAUUACUUUACAGGGGCGUAAUCGAACGAAGGGCCAUUAGACGAUUCGUGAAAUUAUGGACAAAUUUUGCAAGAACCGGUAAUCCAACGCCAAAAGGAAAUGACUUAAACAUUGAAUGGAAAACCUGUAGAUACAAAGACAGUUCACUUCUUGGAUAUUGGCGAGGAGCUUACUUUGCAUACUGAUCCUGAAUCGGAAAGAAUGAAAGUAUGGAAAGAAAUAUUCGAACUUAGUCCAUCGACAAGCGAUUAUUUAUAAAUAUUUGAUGUUAAUUUUUAUUUAUAAUAAAACUUAUGUUAUUUGAUACGAAUAAAUUGCACUGAUGAAUAUUUGUCAAUAAAAGUAUAUCACUUUUCAAAAAUUUUCUUUUUUCUAGUUUCUAUAACUGUGAAUCUUCUACGUUUAAUAAUCAAUUUAC